GUGGAGGUUGCGCACGUUGUAUUCAUUGCGUACCUGCAUCCAUCUACCCUAUCUACCCACCCACAUCGCCUUUCCUUACACACCACUCGUUUCAUCCCCUUCGCCCACCCAACUCUGGUCGACCUCAUUACCUCUAGAGUUCCUGGUUCGUCGUCCCAACUUGGCGGAAAGGAUCUCGCCUACAGUUGUUUUAUGCGUCGAGAUCUUCAGCUCUUAGCGAAUGGAUGAACAGUAUUCAAAUUCUGGUAGCUGCGGGGCGGACGCAGAUGGAUCUGAAAGUGCGAACGCACCGGCCGAUCAGCAAGGUCUGCACGCUGCCCUGGAUGAUUCUUCUUCCAGCGCCAGGAGUGGAGACCCCCCCCCCCCGCCCCAACUUCACGCAUCUCUCUGAAGCACGCUAUCAGUGUCAUCAAGACUUUCAGUGACUACAAGAAAUGGCUUGUGGAAGAGAUUGGUUUCGGAGGUAUGCUCAAGCUCCCCGACAUUCAGAAGUUAAAUCUCAGAUGCAGUGCCUGGAUUAUGAGCAGGGUUAGUGUUAGCCGUAGAGAGUUCAGGCUGUCAGAAAGUAAAGUGCUCAAGUUCUAUGCCGAGGAGUAUUUAAGGUCUUUGGCAUCCCUUGCGGGAACCGUAGCGUGAAAGGGAGAGAUGAAAAUAUCAAUCUAGAAGCAAUCCACUUCAUCAAGUCAACCCUUGAAAUGGAUAAGACAGGAGUGCAUAGCUUGCGCGCGGUAGAACAAUUCCUGAUGCGUGAUAUCAAUGAGAAUUCUAGCAAGCUCGAGAAAGAUUGUUUUCAAAUUGCAUUUGUCAUAUUUGUCAUGGGUCAUGUACUCGCUCCGACCACAAAGCACAACUACUCGACCAUUGAUUUCUGGGGGGGGCAAUUGCCAACACUGAAAUGAUACAGCAGUUCAACUGGUGUGAGUAUGUCCUCCAGUAUUUGCUUGAUGCAGUACGAAAACUCAAGAGAGAUAUGCUGAUGAACAAUCAUUCAACCAACCUCACCGGAUGCCAUUUCUUCUUUCAGGUUUUUCUGCUCGAUAAUCUUGAUCUUGGUAUAUUGAAUAAGCCACACAAUGUACUACCAAGGAUCAUUGACUUCGACCCGGAUACAAUAAACAAAAUGCUCAUCAUGGCUCUUGACCCAGUGAAAGGAGCUAUGUCAUAUUCCCAUGCAAACGUGACUGAUGAGAUAACCAUGAUCAUGAAACAACAGAAUGCUAGCUCAAUUAGGCGUUUGACAGAAGCAUCCAAUGCCAUCCAAGUGGUUCUAUCACAGGCAAAAAAUGCAUUGCAGUCAGAUAUGCUCAACUAUUCAGAGAGAAUUCUGAAAUCAAUUUCAGACCGUUGCCUUUGCUGCCGUACGCGAGGGUUCGCAGAGUGUCAUGCAUCAGGUGUCACUACUGCCAAGAAUGUACGUUUCAGCACUCCUGUUGCACAAAGAAUCCAGGGGCACAGGCUUGAUUUGUCUGAUGGAGAAGCUAUGUCACCGCUUAUCCAGGGUGGAUCAUCAAGGAAACGAAACGCAAGCAAUGAGGACUCCGCAUCCGCAAGCAAAAAAUCGAUUUCAGAAUCAUCCAUUGUGAUUAACUACUUCAAAGACACCGUUCGCAAAGUUGCACAAAUGUAUGCUGAUCUCCCAGCGAACACAACCGUUACCGUGUUUGGCCAAACCCAGGGGAAACUUUCAAAGAGGAAGUACAUUUUUCAGCAUGGUUUUGCAACAAAUCCAUGGGAGUGUGGAGUUUUACCACUACCACCGCACGCUGAAACCAUAGAUAUGAUAGUUGCACACUUCUCCAACUUAACUGAUAGCGAUCUUCAGAGGCAUUAUGUUAUCCACCACUCCCCCAGACUUGUCCGCGUUACAGGGUUUGCUAUGUUUCAUCAGCUCAUUGGCAGUCGAAGUCUCGAUCACGAACUUGCUUCCAUUAUAUGUAGAAGGUACACUCAGUCAAAUAUGGAAGCCAAUAGGGAAUGUCCGUACCUCAACUGGAGGCACAACAUGGAACCGGAGUUUGCGACAAUUGUACUGUCUGACCACGACUAUGUGAACAACAUUUCGAUUUAGAAGCAACUAGUCGGCAAGGACAUGCCUUACAAUAUAACCUCAUCUCAGAUGUUCUUCCUGCCAAUACCCCUCGAAACUGGAUGCGUUAUAUUGAUGUGGGACAUGAUGUCGAGGAAGAUUCAUUUUUUGGACCCAAAGAUCAGAGGGAAUGGCCCUGAUGAUUUCACAAAAGAUAAGCAUGAACUUAUUGCAUGGAAGCUUCACCAUGCGUUAUUCCACUGCCUGAAUGAGUAUUAUGCUGGAUGGCCAACCCAGGAUGGUCAUUGGGGAACGGUUUACCCGGUAGUAGCCGAAGAAACAUUCAUCAGUGAAGAAACAGGGGCUUGUGUCCUCCACAUAGCCCGUCACUAUGAUGGAACAAAACUGAAGAUCCCUCUCACAAAGUACUGUAUCGGGGCAAUGCAUCAUGUUAGCAUGGAACUUCUCAAUACUCCCCUUCGACGGUUCAUCAUGGGAUAGACCAACAAAUUCUGGAGAUAACUCGCUCAUAGAUGCUUACAUGGAUUAAC